GGGAAGUAAAAACAGGAAAUAGCCAACAGCCGGCUGCGGCCUGGCACCGGCUCUACUGGAAGGGCGAGUGAGUGGGGUCUCUGGGUCUAACACAGUGCAUGUCGGACCAUCGGACUUUUAUCAAGUGAAACGUUUUUAUAGGAUGAGAGACGCGUCCAGAGAGAGGAAGGCCAGAGCGCUUGCAGGCUGGAUAGGAAAGCCACGUCUGCUUUCAGACUUUUGGUUUCUUUUUCUCCAUCUUGCCUGCGGAGUUUCAGGCGUCGGAGUUAAGUCUGGGCUGCCGCCAGAGGAGUGCCUAGCCGCAGGCCGGACGGUUGUCUUCUUUGUCUUGAUUUUGCGAUCAGUUGCUUUGUCCCUGGAGAGGAUCACUUCUGUAGACUUAACAACAUGAGUUUAAUCUGCUAAAUUAGAGAGACCAGCAAGAAAAGAAGAGCCUAUACCUGGACUUUGAGGCAUACGUUAUUUUGCUAGGAGGAUUUAAAAAAAAAAAGUUCCGUUUUAACCACAGAACCCCUCCAUUGGAAAGGAUUCUGAAAGAAAUGAAGAAAACCACCAGAAAUGAAAUCAGUAGCUUCAUGGCCUUCUGUUGACUGGACUAGACUUUUCUUCCUGCCAUUCCUUGGAAUGACACUGUACAGGAUGUCUGCUGAGGUCAUCCAUCAGGUGGAAGAAGCACUUGAUGAAGAUGAGAAGGAUGCACUGCUUUUUUUGUGCCGAGAUGUUGCUGCAGAUGUGGUUCCACUGAAUGUCAGGGAUCUUCUGGAUAUUUUGAGAGAGACAGGAAAGCUGUCUUCUGUGAGCUUGGCUGAGCUGCUCUACAGAGUGAGGCGGUUUGACUUGCUCAAGAAGGUCUUGAAUAUGGAUGCCCCGACAGUGGAGGCCCUCCUGCGCAGGCACCCACAUCUGAUUUCAGACUAUAGGGUGCUGAUAAUGGAGAUUGGUGAGGAUUUGGAUAAAUCUGACGUGUCCUCAUUAAUGUUCCUCAUGAGAGAUUAUAUGGGCCGAAGCAAGAUGGCCAAGGAUAAGAGUUUCUUGGAUCUUAUGGUUGAAUUGGAGAAGCUAAAUCUGGUUGCUCCAGAUCAACUGGAUUUGUUAGAAGAAUGCCUGAGGAACAUCAACAGGAUAGACCUGAAGACAAAAAUCCAGAAAUACAGGCAGUCAGCUCAAGGACCGGACAAAAAUUAUGUAAAUGCUCUCCAGGCAUCUCUGCCAAACUUGAGUAUUAAAGAUCCUUCAUAUACACUAGGGAUCCAGAAUGGCAGGAGUAAAGAACAAAGGCUUAUGAUGGGACCACCUGACAUUCAAAGAGAACCAGUGAAGAGAUCCAUUCAGGAAUCAGGAGCAUUUUUGCCUCAGCACGUAGUGGAAGAGAGAUAUAAGAUGCAGAGCAAGCCCCUGGGAAUCUGCCUGAUAAUUGACUGCAUCGGCAAUGACACAGACAGUCUUCGGGACACCUUCACUUCCCUGGGCUAUGAAGUCAAGCGUUUCUUAUAUCUCACUAUGCAAGAUAUAACCGACAUUCUGUGCCAAGUUGCCCAGAUGCCCCAGCACCAUGACUCUGACAGCUUCGUGUGUAUCCUGGUGAGCCGAGGGGGCUCCCAGAGCGUGUUUGGCGUGGAUCAGACUCACUCUGGGGUCCCUUUGGAUCAUAUCAGAAGGAUGUUCAUGGCAGACAUGUGCCCCUCUCUCUCAGGGAAGCCAAAGCUCUUUUUUAUUCAGAGCUAUGUGAAAUCAGAGGGCCAGCUGGAGGACAGCAGCUUCCUGGAGGUGGAUGGGCCGUCAGUGAAAAGUGCAGAAUCCAAGGCCGGGAAGCCUGGGGCCUACCGAGAUUUGAUUCACCGAGAAGCUGACUUCUUCUGGAGCCUGUGCAAAGCAGAUGUGUCCCUGCUGGAGGGGCCCUCCAGCUCACCCUCACUGUACCUGCAGUGCCUCUCCCAGAAACUGUGGCAAGAAAGGAAGCACUCACUCCUGGAGCUCCACACUGAACUCAACAGCCUGGUGUAUGAUUGGAACAUCAAAGUGUCUGCUAAGGAGCGGUACUACGUCUGGCUGCAGCACACUUUGAGAAAGAAGCUCUUCCUCUCUCACAAAUAAAAAGUCAAAGUCA